UAAUUCAUCUUUUUUCCCUUGACAAGAUGUUGUUUGUUGCGCAUCUUUCGGCUGGAAAACAAAAUAAAAGGAAGACAAAGCAGAAAGAAGUGAAAGAGAAUGGGAAUGAUUCGAUUUAAACAAAGCAGUGAAGAACAAUCUGUUAUUUGAAAAGGCUCAAGCUAUGGAUGCAAAACCCAAGAGAAGGGCUGUUGUAGAGAACGGGGAUGGCGGAGAGGAUUUAGUCCUCGCAACUCUCAUCGGAAAUGGCGAUGAUUUGGGUCCCAUCGUCAGGCAUGUUUUUGAAACGGGGCGCCCUGAGUCCCUCCUUCACCAGCUCAGGAGUGUUGUCAAAAAGAAGGAAGCUGAGAUCGAGGACCUCUGCAAGAGCCAUUAUGAGGAAUUCAUUCUUGCUGUUGAUGAGCUUCGUGGUGUGUUGGUUGAUGCCGAAGAGUUGAAAAGUGAGCUUGCAAGUGAUAAUUUUCGCUUGCAAGAAGUUGGAACUGCGCUUUUGGUAAAACUUGAACAGCUUCUUGAAUCUUAUUCAAUCAAGAAGAAUGUCACUCAAGCUAUUAAAAUGUCGAAGAUUUGUCUUCAAGUUUUACAACUUUGCGCUAAAUGUAACAACCACAUGGCUGAAGGUCAAUUUUACCCUGCAUUGAAAACACUCGAUCUAAUUGAGACGAAUUACAUGCACAACAUUCCUCUCAAGACACUUAGAAUGACGAUCGAGAAGACAAUUCCAGUCAUAAAAUCACAUAUAGAGAAGAAAGUGAGCAGUCAGUUUAAUGAAUGGCUAGUUCAUGUUAGAAGUUCUGCCAAGGAUAUAGGGCAAACAGCGAUAGGCCAUUCUGCCUCAGCUCGACAAAGGGACGAGGAGAUGUUGGAACAUCAGAGGAAAGCAGAGGAACAAAAUGUUUCAGGGUUAGGAGAUUUUGUGUAUACUUUAGAUGUUGAGGAACUCGAUGAAGACUCUCUUUUGAAGUUUGAUCUUACUCCUCUUUAUCGGGCACAUCAUAUCCAUGCAUGCCUAGGAAUUCAAGACCAGUUUCGUGCAUAUUACUAUAGGAAUCGGCUAUUGCAGCUUAAUUCAGAUCUGCAAAUCUCCUCCUCUCAACCAUUUAUUGAAUCUUAUCAAACAUUUUUGGCUCAGGUCGCAGGGUAUUUUAUAGUGGAAGAUCGGGUGUUAAGGACUGGUGGCGGUCUUUUGUCAACUGAUCAGGUUGAGACAAUGUGGGAAACUGCAUUAAAUAAAAUAACAUCAGUUGUGGAGGAACAAUUUUCUCAUAUGGAUUCUGCUACCCAUCUUCUUUUGGUCAAGGAUUACAUUACUCUUCUUGGGGCAACACUAAAACAAUUUGGGUAUGAUGUGGGUCAACUUCUCGAGGCACUUGACAGUAGCCGGGAUAAGUACCAUAAGCUUCUUUUGGGCGAGUGUCGGGAGCAAAUUGUUAAUGCGCUCGCCAAUGAUACCUACGAGCAGAUGGUAAUGAAAAAGGAUACUGAUUAUGACAAUACUGUUUUGUCGUUCCAUCUCCAAAACACAGAUAUUAUGCCAGCUUUCCCAUACAUUGCACCAUUUUCAUCCAUGGUACCGGAUACUUGCCGCAUUGUUAGGUCAUUCAUCAAAGGGUCUGUUGAUUACUUGUCUUACGGGACACAUACUAAUUUCUAUAAUGUUAUGAAGGGCUAUUUGGAUAAGCUCUUAAUUGAUGUUCUGAAUGAAGCUAUUUUAAACAUUAUCCAUAGCAGUGCUAUUGGCGUCUCUCAAGCCAUGCAGAUUGCUGCAAACAUAUCUGUUCUUGAAAGGGCUUGUGAUUUUUUUGUUCGACAUGCAGCCCAGCUAUGUGGGAUCCCAGUCCGGUCAGUUGAGAGACCUCAGGCAGUUUUAACUGCCAAGGUGGUUCUGAAAACUUCCAGGGAUGCAGCCUACAUUGCUCUGCUGAAUUUGGUUAACAAAAAGUUGGACGAGUUUAUGGCACUUACAGAAAAUGUCAAUUGGACUUCCGAGGAGACAUCGCAAAUUGGGCAUGAGUAUAUGAAUGAGGUGGUAAUAUACCUCGACACGCUUAUUUCAACAGCGCAGCAGAUUUUACCAUUUGAUGCUCUAUACAAGGUCGGAAGUGGGGCUCUGGAGCAUAUUUCUAAUUCCAUUGUUGCUGCGUUUCUGAGUGAUAGUGUGAAGAGAUACAAUGCCAAUGCAGUGUCAGCUCUUCACAAUGAUCUAACAAAUUUAGACAACUUUGCGGAUGAAAGGUUUCACAGCACCGGUCUUGCUGAACUAUACAGAGAAGGCAGUUUUAGAGGGUGCUUGAUAGAAGCAAGACAAUUGAUUAACCUCUUAAAUAGCAGUCAACCAGAAAACUUCAUGAAUCCUGUGAUAAGGGAGAGAAACUACAAUACUCUGGAUCAUAAGAAAGUGGCCGUCGUUGUUGAUAAGUUUAAGGAUACGCCUGAUGGAAUCUUUGGUAGCCUUUCGAACAGAAAUACGAAGCAAAGCGCACGGAAGAAAUCGAUGGAUGCACUGAGGAGAAGAUUGAAGGAGUUAAACUAAUCUUGUGUUUUUGAGGUUCAUAUCUCGCACUCUCUGUUAAUCAUGUUUUUCAUUUACCGAUUUUACGAAUUGAAUGUCAUUUUACUUGUGCAUACAUUUUGAUGGAUUUGGUAUUGGGCAUUUUGACUUGGUUGUUAUGAAUCAAAAGUAGAAAAGUUGAUAUUAUAA